GCGGGAGAAAAGGAGCUCUUUGCAGCUUGUCUGCUGCUUCGAUUGCGGGCCAGGAGAACAAGCUGGAGAGACGGCGAAGAGGAUAAAAACUCAUUUGCCAUCUAAUAUGAGAGAAUUAAUAGCUUCUGGGAAAAUGCGUAUAACAAUCACUGGGAUUAGCAAUGGCAGUCUGAUUGUGAACUUCAUCAUUGAGAUGAUUCCGAAUGCAAACAUGACGCAUGUGGAGGUUGAAGAAGCUAUUACUGAAGCUUUAAACAAAAGCACAAAUCUGGAUAUAGAUCUCCGUAGCACUUCCAUAAAGGUAACUUCUGGCUGUGAGCUAGGAAAUAAUGGCUGUUCUAAAUAUGCCGACUGCAUUCCACACAACGAUACAUAUUUGUGUCAAUGUAAGCCAGGCUUUAUGGACCAGAGUCCCAAUGUGCCAGGAAUAACAUGCCAAGCACGCCACCCAGAGGGCUCCUCUUCUACGCCACCCACUUCCUUCAUCCCCCCUGAGAACACGGAGUCCCAGCUGAUCAGUCACUUGACCACCACCAUGAAGAAAAUGUCUUCAGGAACAUCUCAAUGGCUCUCGGCUACAAAGAAAUCCACAUCUGAGAUGAAUCUGGAAAUAUCCCGAAGCACUACAAUAGACAAUAUUUCUUCUGUGACAAACAUUUCUGAAACUAGCCUUUCUCAUUUAUUGAAUCCUACAACUUCUUCAACAGGUGUAACUGUUUCACAUAGUGAGAGCAAUGUGGCAUUGCCUUCAUUCCCAACUAUGCACUCUUCCAUUCCUUCUACUAUAGGUAGAACCACCAAUAGUCCAUGUUCUCCUCCAGAUUUAUAUAUUGAACUUGAGAAAGUAACCAGCCAAGUGAUACAAUUCCACUGGAAACCUCUGAAAAGGGAGAGUCCUUACAACGUUUCUCUAAUGGCAGACAACACAAUUUUGAACAAAACAGUCACAAACAGCACAAGCAUGAAAUUUGAAAACCUUUCUCCAGGGCAUCAGUAUACAAUAUCUGUGAAGGUGUUGAGUUGCUCUGAGAUGGUAACUUCUUCAGUGACAGUUCAGACAGAUCCCGCUCCAUGUUUCAACAGAUCUGAUUUUUGCUCACAAUCUACAAAGUGCCUUGAUUCACAAUAUUAUAUUUGUUCAAGCAAACAAGCAUUUGCUUGCAACGUUUUAUUCAAAUCAUGGACAUUUCAAUCUGAUCUUUAUAGCCCUGAAAGUGAAAACUAUAAGAAUUUGAGUGUCAGAAUAAAAAAAACUAUUACUGAAGGAAUGAAAAUUCGGCUCAGAGAUGACCGCUUCGAUGUCAUAAUGAUUGGAUUCCAACCUGGAAGCGUGAUCGCAUAUUUUGCAUUUCUACUGCAAGAACAACAGUUCAUUGAAGCAAGAAAUCUAGAAGCGGAUUUAACAGCAGUAGUAAAAAAUAUGCUUGAUAACCAAACCGAAGUAACAGUCAAAGCAAUACCAAUACCAGAACCAAAGAAAGAAGAUUCAUCCUGGAAAACAGCAGUAAUUGUACUUGCCGUGCUGUUUUGUGUUGCAUUAAUAUUUAUCUUGCUGCUGCUCUCAGUAUGGCUAUAUAUGAAGAGAAGAACUGGAAAAUAUAAUGUAGAACCUCAAGGGCUCAUGGGGAAUUUUGCCUAUAAAUAUUUAUAAGUGUUCACCUAGCUUGGUUACUGUGGCAUUUUUCACUUAGCACUGCACAUCUCAUUUAAAGACAGCCCUGACUAACCACGCAUGGCAGAUGGAUGGAUGUCAGUUGAGCCUGUCGAUUAUUUAUGUAUGUGUGAAGUAGAAAUACAUCAUUGAUGUGACUUAGCGGAACUCCAUUGGUUGUUAAGAGGGAACUGGGUAAAACCUGAAGAAAGGGGACCCAAUUUUUGUAUCAAAAGGAAAUUGCAUCAAAAUUAAAUUAAUAAGAAAAGGAAUAGAGUCCUCAAAGGGAUAAUUACAUUUUGAUUUUUAAAAGCAUUUCACAGGAUCAGCUCCUGCUUGCUUUUGCACAUGGUUGAAUAGUUGACUAGUCAUCCUGGCAACAUAUUUACAAGCCCCAGAAUACAGUGUGUGUAUAGAAUGCACGUUUUCUAGUCCUUAAAAACACUUCCAAUGUGAUAUCUUGAUACAAAAAUUUGCACAUGUUAAUUGAGCUUUAAGCAGGAAGAAAUUUUCCAGGGUGAGAUUGCAUCUGAUUCAUAUUAUUUUACAAAGCUCUUGUCUAACAAUAUACUCUGAGCUUCUCCUAUUAAAAAUCUAUGGACUAUCAUACAUGAUUUUUUCUUGGAAAUUCAUGCCUUUGAUAUGGAUAUGGUCAGCAGUGUGCUAUGCAUGUUAUUUUCCACAUGAGGAUCAGGACAUAUGGUAAACAUUGUCGGUUGUGAGCGCAGUGAUCACCUAUUGGAAGGAAAGAAAGAUGAUGACUGGGAUCCAUUCCACCAUCCUCCAAACAGAUGAGUGCUGUCAGAAAAGAAAGCACCAAGUAUCAGCUUGGUUGGUGCAUUUGCCACUGCAAUUCCAGCAAAGGGAAUUGCAAAUGCAGCUGGAUGUGGGCAUUUGCACCCACUCACCAUUCUCAUGCAACACCCUUUCCAAAGCACAAAGCACAAUGAGAUAAAUGUAUGGAAACCUGUUUGAGUAGAUCAGGAUGAUUGGUUGGAAAUCCUUCAGUAACUGGCCUCAUAUGAGUUAUAUUCAAAUAAACUAGUGUAUUCCAUAGUUAUUAUGUUACUGUUAGACAGUGCACAGGUCUGCAUUACAUAUUAUGCAAUACAUGUACAAAUUAUUGAAAUAUAAUUUCAAUAGCCAUGUACUGUAUAUAGAUGUUUCUUUUGAUGUCAGUUGAAAUCUAUGUGUGUACAUUCAGCAGAAGUUCUGUAAUAUAUAACAAAAUGUAUAUGAUAUUUAUUAUAAACCCUUUAAAACAAUUUCUUUACAGGCUUUUCAAAGUAAUUGCAAAUAAAUUUAUUAUUUUUAUUAUA